GUUAAACCGACCAAGCUCGAGCUCACCAGCGCGCGGUGCACAAAAGGCCCCGGAUGAUCGGUUGAGGUUAAAAAUGACAAGGAAUUUGUCUACUGGAAUCUCGAACAGAACACGCCAGUUUUGCUGUCUCUGUCCAGAUAUUUAAUAGUCAUAGUCAUACUUUAUUGAUCCCGGGGGAAAAUGGUUUUCGUUACAGUUGCACCAUACAGUGGAAGAAGUGAAACAAGGCAUCCACUCAAUCAUCCCUCCUGCUCAGACGAUGGGGAGUGCUUCUCUGGAUCAUCAGACCGAUUGGCAUACCCGUCAUUUUACACAGGGGGGAAUCCAUUCAUCUGAUCAUACAGUGGGAAUGAAUUCAAUCGGUCAUCUCAACUGAAGGUACGUCAUCAAGUUCACACCGGGACAAGGCCAUUCACCUGUUCUGUGUGUGAGAAGGGAUUGAGUCGGUCUUUCCAUCUGUGGACACACCAGUCAGUUCACCCUGGGCAGGGGCUGGUUGUCUGCUGAACUUGUUGGGAAGAAUUCACUCGAUCAUCUGACCUAAUGUCUCACCAGCGAGUUCACACCGGGGAGCAGCCGUUCACCUGCUCGGACUGCGGGAAGGGAUUCACUCGCUCAUCUAAAUUGAAGGUACAUCAGCGAGUUCACACUGGAGAGAGGCCAUUCAUCUGCUCGGAAUGUGGGAAAGGAUUCACUCAGUCAUACCAUCUGCUGACACACCAGCGAGUUCACACUGGGGAGAGACCGUUCACCUGCUCAGACUGCGGGAAGGGAUUCACUUGCUCAUCUAAACUGAAGGUACAUCAGCGAGUUCACACUGGGGAGAGGCCAUUCAUCUGCUCAGACUGUGGGAAGGGAUUCACUUGGUCAACCGAUCUGCUGACACACCAGUCAGUUCACUCUGGGGAGAGACCAUUCACCUGCUCAGUCUGUGGGAAGGGAUUCACUUGCUCAUCUCAACUGAAGGUGCAUCAGCGAGUUCACACUGGGGAGAGGCCAUUCACCUGCUCAGAUUGUGGGAAGGGAUUCACUUGCUCAUUUAAACUGAAGGUACAUCAGCGAGUUCACACUGGGGAGAGGCCAUUCAGCUGCUCAGAUUGUGGGAAGGGAUUCACUUGCUCAUCUAAACUGAAGGUACAUCAGCGAGUUCACACUGGGGAGAGGCCGUUCACCUGCUCAGUCUGUGGGAAGGGAUUCACAUACUCAUCUCAACUGAAGGUGCAUCAGAGAGUUCACACUGGGGAGAGGCCGUUCACCUGCUCAGACUGUGGGAAGGGAUUCACAUGCACAUCUCAACUGAAGGUGCAUCAGAGAGUUCACACUGGGGAGAGGCCGUUCACCUGCUCAGACUGUGGGAAGGGAUUCACUGGAUCAUCUCAACUGAAGGUACAUCAGCGAUUUCACACUGGGGAGAAGCCGUUCACCUGCUCAGACUGUGGGAAGGGAUUCACUGGAUCAUCUCAACUGAAGGUACAUCAGCGAGUUCACACUGGGGAGAGGCCGUUCACCUGCUCAGACUGUGGGAACGGAUUCACUCAGUCAUCUCAUCUGAAGGUGCAUCAGAGAGUUCACACUGGGGAGAGGCCAUUCACCUGCUCAGACUGUGGGAAGGGAUUCACUCGGUCAUCUAAACUGAAGUUACAUCAACGACUUCACACUGGGGAGAGGCCAUUCACCUGCUCAGUCUGUGGGAAGGGAUUCACUACAUCAUCUGAACUCAAAGUACAUCAGCGAGUUCACACUGGGGAGAGGCCGUUCACCUGCUCAGAAUGUGGAAGGGGAUUCACUCGGUCAUCCCAACUGCUGGUACACAAGUCAGUUCACACUGGGGAGAGGCCGUUCACCUGCUCAGAAUGUGGAAGGGGAUUCACUGUGUCAUCCGAACUGCUAAUACACAAGUCAGUUCACACUGAGGAGAGGCCGUUCACCUGCUCAGUCUGUGGGAAAGGAUUCACUUGCUCAUCUCAACUGAAGGUGCAUCAGCGAGUUCACACUGGAGAGAGGCCGUUCACCUGCUCAGACUGUGGGAAGGGAUUCACUACAUCAUCCCAACUGAAAGUACAUCAGCGACUUCACACUGGGGAGAGGCCAUUCACCUGUUCAGAUUGUGGGAAGGGAUUCACUUGCUCAUCUAAACUGAAGGUACAUCAGCGAGUUCACACUGGAGAGAGGCCGUUCACUUGCUCAGUCUGUGGGAAGGGAUUCACUCAGUCAUCUCAACUGAAGGUACAUCAGAGAGUUCACACUGGGGAGAGGCCGUUCACCUGCUCAGACUGCAGGAAGGGAUUCCCUCGGUCAUCCAGCCUACUGGUACACAUGUCAGUUCACACUGGGGAGAAGCCGUUCACCUGUUCAGACUGUGGGAAGGGAUUCACUCAGUCAUCCGGCCUACUGGUACACAUGUCAGUUCACACUGGGGAGUGGCCAUUCAUCUGUUCAGACUGCGGGAAGGGAUUCACUCAGUCAUCUCAACUGAAAGUACAUCAGCGAGUUCACACUGGGGAGAGGCCAUUCACCUGUUCAGACUGCGGGAAGGGAUUCACUCGGUCAUCCAGCCUACUGGUACACAUGUCAGUUCACACUGGGGAGAAGCCGUUCACCUGUUCAGACUGUGGGAAGGGAUUCACUCAGUCAUCCAGCCUACUGGUACACAUGUCAGUUCACACUGGGGAGUGGCCAUUCACCUGUUCAGACUGCGGGAAGGGAUUCACUCGGUCAUCUCAACUGAAAGUACAUCAGCGAGUUCACACUGGGGAGAGGCCAUUCACCUGUUCAGACUGUGGGAAGGGAUUCACUCGAUCAUCUCAACUGAAAGUACAUCAGAGAGUUCACACUGGGGAGAGGCCGUUCACCUGCUCUGUGUGUGGGGAGGGAUUCACUCAGUCAUCUGAACUGAAGGUACAUCAGCGAGUUCACACUGGGGAGAGGCCGUUCACCUGCUCAGACUGUGGGAAGGGAUUCACUUGCUUAUUCCACCUACAGAGACAUCAGCAUGUUCAUACUGGGGAGAGGCCAUUCAACUGCUCAGAGUGUGGGAAAGGAUUCACACACUCCACCAUAGAAAACCGACACCAGCAAGUUCACACUGGGGAGAAGCCGUUCACCUGCUCAGUCUGUGGGAAGAGAUUCACUUACUCUUCCACCCUACUGGUACAUCAGCGAGUUCACACUGGGGAGAAGCCGUUCACCUGCUCAGAAUGUGGGAAGAGAUUCACUCAGUCAUCCCACCUACAGAGUCAUCAGCGAGUUCACACUGGGGAGAAGCCGUUCACCUGCUCAGAAUGUGGGAAGGGAUUCGCUGAGUUAUUCGACCUACAGACUCAUCAGCGAGUUCACUCUGGGGAGAAGCCGUUCACCUGCUCAGUCUGUGGGAAGGGAUUCACUCAGUCAUCCAACCUACAGAGCCAUCAGCGAGUUCACACUGGGGAGAAGCCGUUCACCUGCUCAGAAUGUGGGAAGGGAUUCGCUGAGUUAUUCGACCUACAGACUCAUCAGCGAGUUCACUCUGGGGAGAAGCCGUUCACCUGCUCAGUCUGUGGGAAGGGAUUCACUCAGUCAUCCAACCUACAGAGCCAUCAGCGAGUUCACACUGGGGAGAAGCCAUUCACCUGCUCAGUCUGUGGGAAGAGAUUCACUCGGUCAUCCGACCUACAGAGUCAUCAGCGAGUUCACACUGGGGAGAAGCCAUUUACCUGCUCAGUAUGUGGGAAGAGAUUCACUCGGUCAUCCCACCUACAGAGUCAUCAGCGAGUUCACACUGGGGAGAAGCCGUUCACCUGCUCAGUAUGUGGGAGGAGAUUCACUCGGUCAUGCAACCUACAGAGUCAUCAGAGAGGUCACACUGGGGAGAAGCCAUUUCCCUGCUCAGUAUGUGGGAAUAGAUUCACUCGGUCAUCCCACCUACAGAGUCAUCAGCGAGUUCACACUGGGGAGAAGCCGUUCACCUGCUCAGUAUGUGGGAAGGGAUUCACUCAGUCAUCCAACCUACAGAGUCAUCAGCAAGUUCACACUGGAGAGAAGCCGUUCACCUGCUCAGUCUGUGAGAAGAGAUUCACUCACUCUUCUGCCCUAAUGGUACAUCAGCGAGUUCACACUGGGGAGAAGCCGUUCACCUGCUCAGAAUGUGGGAAGGAAUUCACUCGAUCAUCCACCCUGCAGAGUCAUCAGCGAGUUCACACGGGGGAGAAACCAUUCACCUGCUUAGAAUGUGGGAAGAGAUUCACUCAGUCAUCCACCCUACUGAGACAUCAGCGAGGUCACACUGGGGAGUGACCAUUGUUAUGAAUCCCUAGAUUUUGUUUGCUGUGGACUGUCAUUUUGAGAGAGAGAGAGAGAUUAAGGCAAAUCAGUCUGACUUGCAGCUUGUUUACAUCGCUCACAGCUUGCUUAGUUUUAACCGAGGACACAGACACUCAGAGUCAGAUGGAGAUAAAGGAGGAAAAAUGGAAGGUUCAAAACAAGGGAACUAGUAGCCAAGGGUCACUGUUCAGAACUUUCCUCUGCCCACAAGGGUGGGUUAAUUAAUUCAGCGAACAUCGAAUGUGUGGUUGUCACUUCAUUUGAUCCAUUGGAGUGGAUCGGAUUUGGGGUAUCCUGUGAAGAACACUUAUGUGUUAACCCUUGCUUGGGUUUCAAGUUUCUUACUUUAUUUGGUUUGCCUAAAGAAAUCCAGUCUGAUCAAGGAAGUAAUUUUACAUCUGGAUUAUUCCAGCAGGUAAUUUAUGAACUGGGAGCGACACAAAUUACAUUGUCUGUGUGCCAUCUGGAAUCACAAGGGGCUUUAGAAAGAUUUAAUUCUACCGUCAAAACAAUGAUUAAGACAGACUGUGUUGAAAAUGGACAAGACUGGGAUGAAGGAAUACAUUUGCUUUUGUUCACAGUAAAGGCUGAUUUAUACUUGUGCAUUCGGGAUAUGCCGUAUCCUACACCGUAGGCCUGAUUUAAUUUUUGCGUAGCCCUACGCCGUAGCGAGCAUGCGUAGUUGUGACUGCAUCGCUCUGCACUUCACCACCAAAACGCAAGUUGGCCGUGGGGUUUCUCUGACAGUGUUGAGCUUCUCCGCGAGAGACAUGGACGAGUAAAUGCAUUUCAAAUAUUUUCCCAUGUCGGCAGGUAGAUUUGACGAUUUGGUUCAUUGUCUCCAACCAUUUAUUUCGCAUCAGUGUACAGACAUGGCAGAGAAAAGCAACCGGAAAUGCGAUGCUACCAAGCGGACCAAUCACAGUUGUUGCAGUCUGCGUCACCGCGACGUGUGAGUUACUUUUUAGAGGAGGUGCACGUCACCCUACGGCGUAGGGUACAGCGUGGGUACGGUGUAGGGUACAGCGUGGGUACGGUGUAGGGUACGUGGUGCCUAUGGCGUACACUUGACGCACAAGUAUAAAUCAGGUUUAAGAGAGUCGGUACAGGAAUCACUGGGCUUUAGUCCAUUUGAACUUGUAUUUGGUCAUAGAGUGAGGGGACCUUUGACCUUGUUAAAGGAACAGUGGAUUGAGGGGGAUGUAUAUGUUAACUUGUUAGACUAUGUUUUGAAGUUCAAAAAUAAACUAUACCAAGCCUGUCGUCUAGCGAGACAAAACUUAAAAGAUUUCUCAAAACAAAAUGAAGUGUUGGUUUGAUAAGCGGACCAACACAAAAGAAAAUACUAGGUGGGGGAUAAUGUGCUUGCCUUAUCUCCAAUGUUAUUAUAUAUCUCUAAUCUGGAGAAGUCAGUUCCUGCUAUUCUAGCUUUGAUGGCUCAAUUUAGUAAUUUUUCUGGCUACAAAUUGAAUCUUAAUAAGAGUGAAUUAUUUCCCCUAAAUAAGCAGGUACCUAUUUAUGGAUGUUUACCAUUUAAAUUGGUUACUGACUCAUUUAUAUAUUUAGGGAUAGUAAUUACGAAAAAGUAUAAAGACUUAUUAAAGCUAAUUUUUCACCUUUAAUUGAUCAGAUUAAACUUUUGUUUACUAAAUGGUCACCAAUUUCUUUGUCUUUGAUUGGUCGGAUUAAUGCUAUUAGGAAAAGGUAAUUUCUUACAAAGAUUGUUCUGUUGAAAGGAUAUUGGUGUGUUCCAUUGACGGACUGAGGUAGAGAAAUUUCUGCAUUUGUUACACCUUCUGGGUUGUAUGAAUACAAUGUUUCACCAUUUGGAAUGAAAUAUGCUCCAGGAACAUUCCAGAGAAUGAUUGAUUCUGUAAUUCAAGGGUUAGGGCACACAGAUGCCUAUAUUGAUGACUUAGUCACAGGGAGUGACACUUGGGAAGAGCAUAUCUCUGUAGUAGAAAAGCUGUUUGACAGGCUUUCCAGGGCCAACCUUACAGUUGACUUAGCUAAGAGUGAAUUUGGCCAUGCCUCUGUGAUCUAUCUUGGCUGUGUUGUAGGUCAAGGCAAGUUGGCUCCUGUGCAGGCAAAAUCCAGGCAAUUUCUGAAGUUCCUAUUCCGACUGUGUGACGAAGGCCCGUCACUGAUUACAGACGUCUCAUGGUACACUCGGUAAAACACUCAAAGGGUAAUCCACACACAUUAUUCCCCUCUGUUAUUGUGGUGAGUGCACGCGUCACAAUAAAUCAACAGUCACAAUUUUACACUCAACCCCAGCGGUAAUAGAUAUGAGAAAAAGAAACACACUAUGUCACAGUAGUAUUAUCUCAGGUCAAUUUAUUCAUAUUCAUCUUUCCAAUAAGUGUUUUGCUGAAGUGUCAUGAUAAUCUGACGUCUCUCUCCUCCACAGUCACUGGGUCUGAAACAGAGCUGCUGCAUAGAGCUGUCUUAUAUAGAGGCAGCAGCAACCUGCACAGGUGUGCCGAUGGUGGAGGAUACCAUCUUUACCUGGGACAAGGGUUACGUUACCUAAUUACUCAUCUUGUGGUAAAGUUUUGGGGUUUAUACAAGUUAUUUAACCGGGAAAUGGUGAAUCCUAUGAUGAAGUAUAUGUGUUUGUUGUGAGAACUGGUGGUAGAGUUUCAGAUUGUGUGAAAUGGAAGAUAAUUGAGUUAAUUAGUUUUUGGUUAGUCUAGGGGGAUUGGUUUAGCAGUUGUAAGCUUUGGGUUACCAAGGCUUUGGGUUCUUUUUUUGUUUAGUCUGAGGGCGGCUGUUAACCGGACAGGUGACAAUUGCAAGCUGUAUAUAUAUAUAUAUAUAUAGUUUUUUUUUAAUUUCUUGUUUUGAUGUGGACCUCCAAGUUUUUGAUUUUCCACUAUUUUUGUAAAUAAAAGCACCUCAAUCUAUUUUUGCCACUCAAGCCAUCUUGUUAUUUUUCUUAGACAGACGACCCACAGUUUUUGUGUCAGACUGGUAAGAAGGCUCUUGGAAGGUUUCUGGGAAUGGUUGGAUAUUUAUCGUAAGUUCUGUAAGAACUUUGCUGAUACUGCUCUUCCUCUGACUAAUCUCCUGAAGAACGAUGAAAAGUUUAUUUGGACCGAGCCUUGUCAGGAAGCAUUUGAUCAACUGAAAGUUAUUAUUUGGGAUGAGGCCAAUCAAUGUAGUGUUGUCAGCAAAUUUAAUUAACAGAUUGGAGCUGUGGGUGGCGACACAGUCAUGGGUGCACAGAGAGUAAAGGAGGGGGCCAAGGAGACAACCCUGUGGGACAUGUGUGCUGAGGGUCAGAGAGACAGAGGUGAGGGAGCCCACUCUUACCACCUGCCAGCCAUCUGACAGGAAGUCCAGGAUCCAGCUGCACAAGGCAGGGUGAAGGCCAAGGUCUCUGAGCUUCUUGUCGAUACUUCACACCUUCUUUUGGCUAAAGCUCUGCUCAUGACUGCAAGGAACUGCAGAGAACUUUGGUCUCAUCUGAAAACAUCAUAGAAACAAGCCUCCCCUCUAUGGGCUCUUCCUACACUUCCCCUGCCUCGGGAAAGCAGGCCGUGUACUCAAAGAUGCCCACAACUUUGGACAUUAUUUCUGCAAACCGAAUCCCCCAACGGGGAAGAGAUACAAAAGCCUUAAACCACCAGGCUCAUGGACAGCUUCCUGUCUGCGGUUGUCAGCCAAAUUAAUGGUCUCCAGUCCAAUAAAAUGGACUCGACCUCACGAUGUAACUCGACGUGACCCUGCCCCAUAUGUCUAUCUGCACUGCACUUUCUCUGCAGCCACAAUGCUUUGUUACAGUUAUUGUUUUAUCGUAUAUCAGCUCAAUGUACUGUUGUAAUGUAUUGAUCUGUGUGGAUGGUAGGUCGGGCAAGAUUUUCACUGUAGCUCAGUACGUGAUAAGAAUAAACAUAUUCCCCAUUUUAAUUGUGUGGAAAUAUUAGACAGACUGAGCUCCUGCUCUGGAACCACAGAAGGAAACUUAACUGUUGUCAUUUCUGAGGAAUGCAAAUAAAUAGAAAAGGCUUCAAUCUCGCAUUACGAUCUGCAGUAACUGGGAUCAGGUGACCGGUGGUGGGUCUCCCAGACCAAUUAUCAGAAUCAGGUUUAAUAGCACCGGCAGAUAUCAUGUAAUUUGUUGUCUCUAUGUCAGCAGUAGAACCUAAUUCGUAACAAUAGAUUUUAACCAUUGUGAUUUAAAAUAAGAAUAUACAUAUUAAACAGUUAAAUUAUAUAAGUAGUACAACAUAAACAUUUUAAAAAUGUAAUACUGUAAACUAUUUCAAUUGUGUGGAACUAUUUGACUGGGUUGCUGCUUUGGAAAUUCUGGAGUGAAGCUGAACUAAACUGUACAUAUUUAUGAAAAGCUCAGAUAAAUACAAAAGGCUAAAUUCUCACAUAAAUGGGUCAGACAUCCAGAAACAU